CCACAGCCAUUUUAAUUGGCAUGUAAACUUAAUUUCAAUUACAUCUGAAAUAAUCAUUUCAUAAAUUCACCAGAAUAGUCUCUUUAAUAACCAUCUGAGUUGUCUUUGUACACUGAUUCUGAAAAGAGUCUUGCCAGGUUUGUUAAAAGCAGACGUAUUACUGCAUUCUCUCCAGAGGUCUUAAUGAAAUAGAGCUCAAAGAAACAGUCUGAACUUCAACAUGGCUUUCCAUGUGGAGGGGCUGGUGGCCAUAGUUGUAUUCUACCUGGCUAUCCUGGCAGUUGGAAUAUGGGCUGCUUGGAAAACCAAGAACACCGGCAGCGAGGGAGAUCGCAGCGAAGCUAUUAUCGUCGGUGGAAGAGACAUUGGCUUGCUAGUUGGUGGAUUUACAAUGACUGCCACAUGGGUUGGAGGAGGUUACAUCAAUGGGACAGCUGAGGCUGUGUAUGUCCCAGGCUAUGGUCUAGCUUGGGCUCAGGCACCUAUCGGAUAUUCCCUUAGUCUGGUUUUAGGUGGCCUUUUCUUUGCAAAACCUAUGCGAUCCAAAGGCUAUGUGACAAUGCUAGACCCUUUCCAGCAGCUUUAUGGAAAAAGGAUGGGAGGGCUGCUGUUUAUUCCAGCUUUAAUGGGAGAAAUGUUUUGGGCUGCUGCCAUCUUCUCUGCCUUAGGUGCCACUAUAAGUGUGAUCAUUGACAUUAAUGUCAACCUUUCAGUCAUUAUUUCUGCCCUGAUUGCAACUAUGUACACGCUUGUGGGUGGGCUUUAUUCUGUGGCUUACACUGAUGUAGUUCAGCUCUUCUGCAUUUUCCUGGGACUGUGGAUCAGCGUACCCUUUGCAAUGACUCACCCUGCAGUGACAGACAUUGGGCUCACAGCUGUGCACCAGGUGCACCAGGCACCUUGGCUUGGCUCUGUCAACUCACUUGACAUUUAUACAUGGCUGGACAAUUUCCUUUUACUGACAUUAGGAGGAAUCCCAUGGCAAGCGUAUUUCCAGCGAGUUCUUUCCUCCUCUUCUGCCACAUAUGCUCAAGUUCUGUCAUUUCUGGCUGCUUUUGGCUGUCUUGUGAUGGCUCUUCCUGCAGUACUCAUCGGUGCAAUCGGAGCAUCUACAGCCUGGAACGAGACUGAUUAUGGUGUCCCUGACCCCAUGAGUAAAAAAGAAGCAGAUAUGAUUUUGCCGAUCGUGCUCCAGUACCUUUGCCCAGUCUACAUCUCGUUCUUUGGCCUUGGCGCUGUAUCUGCUGCUGUGAUGUCAUCAGCUGACUCUUCAAUUUUAUCAGCGAGUUCUAUGUUUGCUCGGAACAUUUACCAGCUUUCCUUUCGGCAAAAUGCUUCAGACAGGGAGAUCGUGUGGGUCAUGAGAAUCACUGUUUUUCUCUUUGGAGCAUCAGCAACAGCAAUGGCACUGCUAGCUUCAUCAGUGUAUGGCCUGUGGUACCUCAGCUCUGACCUUGUUUAUAUCAUCAUAUUCCCCCAGCUCCUGUGUGUGUUGUUCAUUAAAGGAACCAACACCUAUGGUGCCAUUGCAGGGUACUUAUUUGGCCUUGUUCUCAGAAUAACCGGAGGAGAACCGUACCUCUACCUUCAGCCCUUGAUCUACUACCCUGGCUGCUAUCCAGAUGAAAACAAUAUCUAUGUCCAGCGAUUCCCAUUUAAAACACUUGCUAUGCUUACCUCCUUCUUUACUAACAUUAUAGUCUCUUACUUAGCCAAAUACUUAUUCGAGAGUGGAACUUUGCCACCAAAGCUGGACUUCCUUGAUGCUGUUGUUGCCAGGUACAGCAGAGAACACAUGGACAAAGCAACUCUUGUAAAAAGUGAUAAUAUUGUAUUAAAUGAACUUGCACCUGUGAAUCCACGACACAGUCUAACUUUGAGCUCAACUUUCACAAACAAGGAAGCCUUCAAUUAUGUCGAUUCGAGUCCAGAGCUGUCCAACACAGAAGAUAAUUAAAAAAUCUGGUAGCCACAGGCAAAGCAAUGUGAAGCAGGAUAUUCUACAAAGAAUAGUAAGAGGCAUUUUAAUCAGAAGAAAAGCAAGAAUUUGGAAUAAAAUGCCACUGCACAAUUAUUUAAGUUGUUUCUCAGAGCUGGAGCAUCCCAUGGGAGGAACCCUUUUCUGUUAUUAUCUAACACGUUGGAUUAGAUCAUAGAGUGUUCACCAAAAGACACACUCAGAUCCCAUUCUUUCCACCCAGAACUAUAUACUGUAUAAGUAAAAAAAUAUUUACAAUUGAAAAUAUAUGUAGCAGAAAAAGUGCAACAGUUAUCUAGCUAGGACAUUGUAUGAAGAGAUUAUAAUACAGUCACUCUGAAAUACUAUCAGUCAACUUUUUAUUGGCAUUAAGUGAAAAUAUAUUGUUACAGCUAUAAGUCAUUUAUUACUCAGGAGCUAGUUGCUUGAGCAAAGACAGAUAACUUCCCUGGGUUUUUGGUAUGAUUGCUUUUUUCCUCAUAAAUUCAAAGGCUAGAAAUUUAGUAUUUUAUUGUUUGUAUAAGACAGCAAAAUGUGCAAAUGGUAAUAAAUUCCUUACAGGAGUGCUAAGCAUCAUAUAUUAACUAAAAAAGUUAAAAUGAAAUCACCAGUUUAAAACGAUGUUAUACCUAAUGCAAGAUGAUCUAAAGUGAAUUCUGUUACAAUAGGUGUUACUUUUUUGCUGUGAUUAGCGGCUGUCACGGAUGGAGGAUGAUAGCAUUCUUAAAGCAAUAAUUUGAGUUGAAAUUCAACUUGAGAAAAAUGACAGAAUUCUUAUAAACUAAGUAGAACUUUUCAGUGUUGAGAAAAGAUGUCUUAUCUUGACUUACCAUCAAAAUGAACACUGAGCAAGUCUGACUCCAAGCAACAUCAGCAAUGGACAAAUAUUAAAAAGUAAGGCGAGUCAAGAAUGUUUGAAAAAACAGAUGAUGUGGGUUACCAUGGGGAAAAUUCCCAUUUUUCACUUAAUAAGAAAAGUAUUCUCAAAGACAUCAAAAAGUCUUUUGGAUUGGACUUGCUGUCAUCACUCUGAAAAGUGUAGUUUUUCCAUGGAAAAUCACUUUUUCUCAAAAAUAUGAUUUCCUGUGGGAAAAACAGGCUUGCUGGACAGCUUUCCACAUCCGUAAGUGUCUACCUCCAAAAGCAGCAGCAGCAGCUUGGAGGAGAACUGAAAGGAAAGCUGAACCCACAAGCAUAGUGAAAGGCACAGCAGUGUCUUCCACUGAAUGCUGGACUCCUUCAUUAAUGUGACGGUGCCUCUGCAGAGCACCAGCAGCGGCCAGGCACAGAGGAGACUUCACUCAUAACUAGCAAUGCUGGCCAGAAGCAUCUAAGCAGGGAGAUGAGGCCAAUUCUGACUUCAGCCUGGCCAGCAGGGAACACACAAUGUCCUUUCCAUUUGCCCACAGCCAGGAAUGAUUGUGUCUGUCCCCAUUGGUAUGUGCCUUUCACAGUGGGAGAUCUAAUAGCUAGAUUUCUGUACGAUUAAGAGUUGUGCUCCAACAUUUUUAUUUUUAUUUUUUAAUAUCUAUGCAUGACACAAAAUAUUCAGCUGAAACCCAGAUAUCCUCCUAUUGCUGGUCAAUGGCAAAAUAUCUUCAACAUUCACAGCACGAGGAGCUGUACUGUCAGAUAGGAAAUGUAAGAAUAGCUUUUGCUGCUAAAGGAAGAAGCCAUCAAUUUAUGCAUUCAAUGUUGACAUAAAAUUUCGUGAGGUUGAAUCCUUAGAUGCGUUUUUGCUCCUUUUGUGAAGUUUUAACAGCAUAUAUAUAUUUUAUAUGUAGAUAAAAUUGAUUUCAAAGUUGUUGAUUUUUUUUUCUCCUUACAUGCAUUUUAAAAUAACACUGCAUCUCAGUUCUGAAUAUGCACUGUGAACUGCAGUACUGCUGUGCUGAGAAAUACCGAGUGUGCUUUGAGUGGAGGGAAUAAAAAUCAGGAUCUGUGCUAAAAGCCCACAAAUGUCAAUAUAGCAAAGAAAUUAAAAAUUCCUGCAAGGUGAGUGAAUGAGCCACUGAGGAAAUUCAGGGUGCUGAGGUUCUCACAAAACAGACACAAGCCCAGCGGUAUUCGUUCCCCAUGAACCAUGGAAAAGUGAAGAGGAAAGAGAUUGGAUGGAAGGAAGAGAGGUGAGGACAGGGUCACUGCUGAAUUAUUACCCAUUACUGGCCCAGAACCACUAGCCUAGAUCCCUUAUGAGAAAAUGUCAAGCCAAGGUUUUGCCUGCAUACAUAGCCUAUACCUUAUGCUGCAGUUCCAAAUUAAGAUACUGGAUUUCAUUUUAAAGCCACCUGUUGGUCUUCCUAAAAAAAUUUAUCUUACUUCACUUUUGUCUAGGAAUUGCUAGAAUUUCACUAUGAGAAGCUGCAUAGUGGCCAGAUGCUUUGAAUACAGCAGCAUGUCUGUAUUAUUUAUUUCAAAAUUCCCAGUAGUGGGAGGAGAAGGAAAGGAGAAUGGGAUCCAGCUGGAAUUGUUUAAGAACAUUUGAUUUAAAAAAUAAAAAUCUUCCCUUUUCCCUUUUAUUCCCUCAUUUCCAUAAAAACAUAAAGACUUUUAAAAUUCUCAAAUAAGUGAAUAAAUAAAAUGCAUUAGUCCAAAAAUUUUAAGCCAGUAUUUUAUACUGUUUAUACUCUCUAAUUUUUUUUUGUGAAAUUGCUGUGAUUUUACAACAUAUCCCUGUUUAGGUGGAACUAUGUGUUUUCUGGUGGAAAAUGGUUCCAACAAAGUUUUCCAGACCUCUCUGGGGAGACUGAAAGGUUCUUGCACUUUUGCACGUAGCACACCUUUAUCAUGCAAAGGAGAGAAGUGACACUGAAGACUCUGUGUGACCAUAACUCUGCUUUCCACAUACCCAUUU